UUUGUGGAAAUACAGUUAUCACAUUUGAUACUACAGAUAUUUUUUCGAUAUAAAUUGAUGUGGAUAUCUUGGGAUAAUCAGUUUGAUGAGAAAAUGAUCGCUAAAAUUUCGGCAAUUGUUCUUCUGGCGACUUCGGUUGCGUGUGUUACUAUUGGUAAUUUGGAGCCAUGCCCAGAAUUGAGCCAAUUGAUACCUGAUCCCAAGAAUUGCAGCAGAUUCUAUGAAUGCACACUUGCUGGUUGGGUUGGAGAAGCUUGUAAUCCUGGAUUAGAAUUUAAUCCUGCCAACCUGCAGUGUGAUUAUCCACAAAAUGUUAAAUGUGCCAACGAAACAGCCGGAAAUGUUAUGGACCUAGCACCAUGUACAAAACUGGACAAACUGAUCCCAGAUCCCAAAAACUGCAGCAGAUUUUACGAAUGCACUCAGGCUGGAUGGGUCGGACUUUUCUGUUAUCCCGGACUUUACUUCAAUCCAGUAACCUCUCGAUGUGACUAUUCUUGGAAUGUUGCAUGUGAAAAUGACGCACCUGCUGAAGUUCUAAGGGAUGUCCCAACACUUGAACCAUGCACCGUAGUAGAUCAGUUGAAGCCUGACGUGAAAAAUUGUAGCAGAUUCUAUGAAUGCACCCAAGCUGGUUGGUGGGUUGGUGAACCUUGUAUUCCAGGCUUGUUGUUCAACCCUGAUACUCUCCAGUGCGAUUACCCAGCAAAUGUAAAAUGUGCGACCGAACAACAAAAAGAAGUUAUGGACCUAGCACCAUGUACAAAACUGGACAAACUGAUCCCAGAUCCCAAAAACUGCAGCAGAUUUUACGAAUGCACUCAGGCUGGAUGGGUCGGACUUUUCUGUUAUCCCGGACUUUACUUCAAUCCAGUAACCUCUCGAUGUGACUAUUCUUGGAAUGUUGCAUGUGAAAAUGACGCACCUGCUGAAGUUCCAAGGGAUGUCCCAACACUUGAACCAUGCACCGUAGUAGAUCAGUUGAAGCCUGACGUGAAAAAUUGUAGCAGAUUCUAUGAAUGCACCCAAGCCGGUUGGUGGGUUGGUGAACCUUGUAUUGCAGGCUUGUUGUUCAACCCUGAUACUCUCCAGUGCGAUUACCCAGCAAAUGUAAAAUGUGCGACCGAACAACAAAAAGAAGAAAUUCUAGAACCAUCAUGUAGUUCCCAAAACUUCGACGAGUUGUUCCCCGAUCCCUCUAGCUGUGGAAGAUUUUUACAAUGUUCAGAUUUAGGGUUGAUAUCCAUGCCUUGCCCUGGUGAUUUACUGUUCAACCGAGAUUCUCUGAAGUGUGAUUACAGUUGGAAUGUCACAUGCUGAAACACUGAUUAAUCCAUCCCAAUUUGUUCAAACUAUUUAUUCCUUGAAUUUUCAAUAAAACUUAUUAUAUAAA